AUGGUCAACAACUCCUCUAAGUCUGGCAAAGGGACUUCCGUCAUCCGUGAAGACCUAUCCGAAAGUUCCUCUUCCGUUUCACCACAAGUCGGCCACAUUAGCCCUUCUAGUGGUAAAAUCCUCGGCCAGGACUUAACCCGUCAGGAAGAUGUCCGUGACGGUGCUCGCACCCCUCUAGGAUGGAAAGAAGCUAAAAGAGCGGCAGAUAGCAAAAUUAUCACGGAGAUGCCCGAAUUUAAGAAAUGA